CACCCCGGCGGCGUGCCUUUUACAAAUCCGAGGGGCGCAAGGAAUUCCGCCGCGUCCUCCCACCCCACAGAACAAAAAACAAAAGCGACAACACAGCUCGCCCCCCCGCGGGAGGAGUGACCCGGCGACAGCUCACUCGCGUGCGUGCGCCACCCAUCCAUCCCCCGACCCUCAGAUCCCAUCUCGCGCGCGGCGGCCAUUCCCUCCCAUGGCCACCGCCGCCACCGCCUCCCACCCGGCCUCCGCCUCCACCUCCGGCCGCGACGCCCUCGCCGCAUCAUCCUCCUCCCACGCCGCCGUCUGCCUCGUCCCGUUCAGGUGGUGGGCGCGGGUGCGGGAGGAGGAGGCGGCGGGCGGGGUGCAGUACGCGGCUACCGCCGCCGCGUCCCCGUCCUACUACGGCCUCAGGCUGCUCCACAGCUUCCUGCACCCGGAUCUCGUCCUGCGCCUCGAGCGCGGGGACUUCCGCGCCGGUGACGGAGGCGGAGGCGGCCGCAGCUACGCGCUCGUCCCGGCCGACGAGCUCUCCAGGGCGCUUGCUAGGCAAAACUCUGGUUUGGGUUUACAAAAUAAGCAUUCGUUUGCUGGAGAUAGUGCUGGUGCUUAUCCUUUAGUGCUUAGGAUCUCUGUCCGAGAAACAAGUAUAUUGACACUGAAGAUCAGCAAAAAGGACAAUCCAGUUGAGAACUACAAACGGGCUAACAAGAUUUUUAAUGUUGAUUCUCAACCAGUUCAUGUUUGGGAUUUUUCAGGGCAGACAAACCUAAUAUUAAUGAAUGAAUGGAAUAGACUACAUGACUGCUGCCAUGCAGAUCAAGAGAAUCUUCUGGAAGUGCAAGUCUAUGCAAUGUCUGACUCCUUAACAUCCAAAAUUGGUGGUGAUAUGAAUUCUGAUUUGUCCUACAGAAGCUUUGGAAGAGCUGGUUCUAUGGGGUUAAUAGGAUUGGAGAAUCUUGGAAAUACUUGCUUUAUGAACAGUUCAAUUCAAUGUUUGGCUCACACACCAAAGCUUGUUGAUUACUUCCUUGGUGAUUAUGCCAAUAAUAUAAACCGGACUAAUCCAUUGGGACUGAAUGGUGAACUUGCUUUGGCGUUUGGAGAACUGUUGAGGAGCUUAUGGACUGACAGAAAACCCAUUCCACCUCAUCAUUUCAAGGAAAAAAUUGCGUGUUUUGCUCCUCAGUUCAGUGGCUUUAAUCAGCAUGAUUCACAGGAGCUUCUUGCUUUUUUAUUGGAUGGUCUUCAUGAAGAUCUUAACCAGGUUAAAUGUAAACCGUAUGAAGAAGCAAAAGAUGCAAGUGGCCGUCCUGACGAAGAAGUAGCAGAUGAGUAUUGGAGCAACCAUCUAGCUCGAAAUGAUUCUGUUAUAGUUGAUACAUGCCAUGGACAAUAUAAAUCUACAUUAACUUGUCCUACUUGCAGUAAAACAUCUGUCACAUUUGACCCAUUUAUGUACUUAUCUUUGCCUGUACCUUCCACGGCAAAGAGGGUAAUGACCGUAACAGUUUUCAGCACUGAUGGUAGCAGAGAGCCAUGCUCAUAUGAUGUCAGUGUGCCAAAAUUUGGGACUCUGAGUGAUCUUGUUCAGGCUUUAAGCAUUGCUUGCUUACUUGGAGAUGAUGAGAUCCUGCUGGUUACGGAGGUCUACAAUAACUGCAUCAUUCGAUACUUGGAGGAGCCUUCAGAUUCAGUUUCAUUGCUGAGGGAUGGAGAUAAACUGGCAGCAUACCGUCUACCCAAAAGACAUGAGAAAUCCCCCUUUGUGGUUUUUACACAUCAAUAUUUUGAUGAGCAUUCUAGUGAUGAUAAUUUAACUCGACAAAUGAGGGAGUUUGAGGCCCCACUUUUGGCAGCACUUCCAGAGACAAUUAAUGGAUUAUCCCUUCAGGAUAUCUACCUAAAGUUGUUGAGUCCAUUUCGACUUUCCAACAGGGCUGGUUCACUUAAUGUUUGUAUGGAGUCUAAUAGUGACUCCAUCGAUCUGACGGAUGCAACGUCUUCUGAUUCAGGCAGUAAUAGUUUUCAGAACAGCCAAUCGGAAGACGGCCCUGAAAGCAGCCACUGUAGUGCUAGUGAAUGUGAAAUAAUGAAAAGACCUGAUGAUUUAUGUGAUGGGGGUUCUGAUUCUAACAAGGAGGCACAGAUGGAGGAGUUUGAAUUUUAUUUAAAAAAUGAAAGGGGUGAUGGCCAGCUUCAGAAGAUAGAAAUCAAUGAGCUCGAUUUACUUGAGACAGCACCAAGCCGGUUGCAUGUGAAUGUCCACUGGCUACGAAACGCUUCAAAAAAAUAUGCUACCUCAAUGCUGAGCAAUCUACCUGAGAUUCACAAGCUUGAGCUUAUCCCGAAAGGAACUGAAGAUUCUGUUGCACUACAUGGUUGUCUGGAAGCCUUUCUAAAAGAGGAACCAUUGGGACCAGAGGACAUGUGGUAUUGCCCCUGCUGCAAGAAGCAUCAACAAGCAAUGAAGAAACUUGAUCUCUGGAGGCUGCCCGAAGUUCUGGUGAUCCACCUCAAAAGGUUCUCCUACACUCAGUUCACAAGAAACAAGCUGGAGACAUUCGUUGACUUCCCCACCACCGAUUUGGAUCUGUCAUCCUACAUCGCUGACAAGAGCAAGCAGCCAAGCAGCCAUUAUCGCCUGUAUGCUAUUAGCAACCACUACGGAAACAUGGGAGGGGGCCAUUAUACCGCCAGCAUCUAUCACGAGGAAGGGAAGGGGUGGUAUAAGUUCGAUGAUGACUACGUGACUCCUAUGAGCGAAGACAGUAUAAAGACCUCGGCUGCUUACGUGCUGUUCUACAGACGAGAGUGACUGAGGAUACAAUACAAUGGCAUUUUCUGCUUGCGGUGGUUUUUGGUUGGCAACUCCAGUCUAAUCUCCAGAACAGACCUCCCCCCUCCCUACACACUGCUGCUUCAGACGUGUCCGAGUUUCCUAACAUCUCGGCAUUUGAAUCUCUCAAGCCACACUGACACCUACCAAUGAUACAACAGCAUUCUGUACAGAUUCAUCUGCCAACAGGAGAGAAGAGAUCCCAAAGAAAGAUGUAGCUGAUGCAAUGCAAUAUUCUUUUUCCCCCCAGCCCACACAGUAUCCUUAUAUGGGCAACAUUCUUUUUUCCCCCCCUUAGCUCACAGUAAUUCUUAUAUGGGCAGUACAUGGACCAGACCCCCAACAUUGUAAUUCCUCCCAACUCCAUUCACCAGUCAGUGAAAGGCUUUAUAUAAUGGGUAGUAGUACAUUUCUUUUGUCGCCGCGCACCGAAUCGGAGGCGGCGAUGUAACAGUUGUGUAAAUUAACUGCCAA